GCAGUGCUGAGUUAGUGCCCGCAGAUGCUCGUCGCUGAUGGGUCGCUUUCAUCCAUCCAAUGCAUCCAGCAAGUACCGCAACUGGACAUCCAUUCUGCUAACGACCUUCUUCUCUGCAAAACACCCUGUCAAUCACUCAUUGCGACUCACAAACGAGAGCACAGAACGAACCCAUCUCCACCGCCAAGUUGCCCACAAGUGGUACCGUUUACUUAGCUUUGCUUUGGCAGCGGAGGGAAAGCUCGACUCGACUCGACACACUCACUGUCUUACCCGGCAGCAUCACUACUGCAGCUUUUUCCUGCUCACCUCCUCCUCUUCCUUCUCUCCUCUUCUCCAAGCGCAAUCCUUUCGGGCCCAAUACGAAUGGCUGCCAGCAAUAUCCGCAAGAAGUUUCACAGGACGAGUACCGAGAAUAAUCGCAACGGGAUGCCUAUCGACGACGACAGCGGCCCCAAUGGUCGUGCAGACCCAAACGAACGGACGAACCUACUCUCCCGCAUCGCGACCACCGACUCGGGAACACCGUACUACAAACAUGAAAACAAGGCCAUAAAAUAUCCAUUCCUUGUGCUACAUUUAACGUGGGAGGUACUGAAGACAAACUAUGUCAAUGUCUUCCUGGUAUUUGUGCCGAUUGGUAUUUUGGCAGGACUGCUGGACUGGAACCCUGUGUUGCAGUUUGUUUUCAACUUUAUUGCCAUCAUCCCCUUGGCUUCCCUGCUCGCCUUUGCGACGGAAGAGCUUGCCGUUCCGCUUGGGCAGACUGUAGGAGGAUUGCUGAAUGCCACUUUCGGAAAUGCCGUCGAAUUGAUUGUCAGCAUUAUUGCUUUGCAGAAGAACGAAAUCCGGAUCGUCCAGGCAAGCAUGCUGGGCAGUAUCUUGUCCAACAUCUUGCUGGUGUUGGGAUGCUGCUUCUUCAUCGGCGGUCUCAAGUAUAAGGAACAAUCUUUCAACUCAACCGUCGCUUCGACCAUGUCCUCGCUCAUGACCGUCGCAACAUCGUCCCUCAUCAUCCCGGCUACGCUAUACGCCGUCAUGUCUGACAACAAAUCGCAAGACAACAAUAUCAUGAUCCUCUCUCGAGGCACCGCAAUCAUCCUCCUGAUCAUUUAUGUCGCUUACCUGUACUUCCAGCUCAGAUCGCACGCGGACCUGUUUGAAGAUGCCGAGGCCGAGGCUGGAGAGGGCGGCGAAGAAGCAGAACUUUUGGGACCCUGGGCUGCGGGUGUCGUCUUGGUCAUCGUCACUCUUUUGGUGGCCGUCUGCGCAGAAUAUCUCGUCGGUAGUAUCGAUGCGAUCGUCGAAAAGGCGCAUAUCAGCAAGACUUUCAUCGGUCUGAUCUUAAUCCCUAUCGUGGGCAAUGCCGCGGAACACGUCACUGCCGUCAUUGUCGCAUGGAAGAACAAGAUGGAUUUGGCCAUUGGUGUUGCUGUCGGUUCGAGUCUGCAAAUUGCGAUCUUUGUCACGCCGUUCUUGGUCAUUCUCGGCUGGAUCAUGGGCAAGGAUAUGACUCUACAUUUUGAGACCUUUGAGACUGUGGCCUUCUUUUUGGCGUCCUUUGUCGUCAUCCUACUUAUCCAGGACGGCAAGUCGAAUUACCUUGAAGGCCUGCUCUGUUUGGGCAUGUACACCAUCAUUGGACUCGCAUUUUACGUCUUACCCGAUAAUGCGCAAGACGUCGGGUCCGGCAUUGGGAAACUAUUCGGCGGACACAAUUGAGCUUGAAACUGUACAGACUUGGCCGAGGUUAGGAUGACUGUGCAGUAGAAAAGCCACAGCACUCUCUUUCCUUCUUGUUCGAAGCUGGACAUGGGCUGUAUACUGCUUGAAAGGUAUGGAAUUGCUAUGGGAGGAUGAACAGAUUGGUCCACGGAAAGGAGUUAGGCAUUGUUCGAAGGGAUGAUCUUUGAAAACUCACCUGAUACCCGAGGAAAAAAUCGAGUUUGUUUAUAUGUAAUACCGAAAAUGAAUGUUACGGUCGAGUGUAUCAGGCCUUUUUAAUGCAAUUCACUGUCCUUAGCGUGAGCUUGCAAAUGCCUGUCGACUAUCGGUAUCCUGUCUGAGUCGAUACGUCAACAGCAGAGAAAUAUGGUCACGUGCCGACUGAAAAGGUUCAAGCC